AUGAGCAUCUUCACCAUCCCAUCGAAAGCAGGUGUAGACCGCACAUCACAGGCGGGGCGGAUUCUUCCAGGCGUCCCAUGCUUUGCAUUCGGGCUAAUACCUACGAAGUCCAAUCGUUUGGGGCGUUCAAGCCAUGCCGCCGUAACGCGUCCUUCAGCCCGAAGAAGCGCAGUUUCGAAUUCCUUGAGUCUUCCAGCUUGGGAGCGGGAAUACGAAAAAGAUCGAGGCCUGGUUGGGACUUCGUAUGAGACAGCGACCGUGGAGGAGGUCGCCCCCGCUGGAGAUGGGUUCCUCAGAAUAACAGUGGAUACGGCGGUGACAUGCACCUCUCAAACUUAUACCUCAGAGGGGCAGUUUCUUUUUCUCAAACCGUGGGGAGACGAAGAUGGUUCCAUUGAACCUUGCUGCUUUACGGACCUGCCAGGAGAGGGAACCAUAAUGCAGUUUUUUGUCCCAGAGGUGAGUGCUGUAGGGGAAGCUGCUCUGGCGGGUGAAUUGCUCGAAGUUAGCGAAGUGAUGGGGAAAGGUUUUCGUCCCCAUAUUGUCUCCAAUAAGUUCAAGCAAGUUUCUGCAGUAUUGGCUGUAUGUAUUGAACAGUUUUGCUCGCCGUCACUGCUAGCCCUUCGAUACGAAAGCAGACCAAGUUCGAUUUUUUUGAUUGCAGAAAAAGAUGGUGCGUUUGCAAAGUCACUUUCAAGUUGGAUGGCAGGCGGCUCUGGCAAUCGUGCCGUUUAUUACUUUCCAGAUGAGUCUAGUCUCAUACGAGCAUUUGAAGCACAGCUCGAACGAGAAGCAAGUGCAGCUGUAUUGCUUAGCGCUGAUAGGAACUUGUGCCAUCGAGCGGAAGAAGCGGUACAUCGUCUUGGCGAAGGAAGAAAUCUUUACACGUUCGCUCCAUGA